AACGAGAAAUAAAAACUUUACUUUGUCUUUCAGAUCACACAGACGCAGAUCAGUCCAUGGAGGGACACACUCCUGUCUCUGAAAACCCUCAUGCAGAGUACGGCCUGACGGAAAACAUCCAGAGGUCGGUGGAGAACGAGAAGGCGAGCGCAGAGAAAAUGUCGAAGCAGAAGGUGGACCUGCAGGCGCUGCCGACCCGGGCGUACCUGGACCAGACCGUCGUCCCCAUCCUGCUGCAGGGACUGUCCGUCCUCGCGAAGGACAGACCUCCGAACCCCAUCGAGUACCUGGCAGCCUUCCUGCUCAAGAACAAAUCCCAGUUUGAAGAGAGAAGUUAAACUGGUGUCUUUUCUCACCGCAGAAACUGCUUUCCGCUCCGCCGUCUUUUCUUUCUUUUUAGUUUUAAAUCCAGAAUAAAAGUUGACGUGAAA